AUGUCAACCAACGAAGUCCCUGGUGCCGAACAAAAAUAUAAAAUUGUUGAUGAAAUUUGUUCAGAAACAAAUUUAUAUUUAAUCCUUGGUAGAUCAAGAAUUUGUCAUCCUGAUAAAUUUCCGGGAUGUCCAAAAGCAACAGAAUCAUUUCAAAAACUUUCAUAUGCCUACGAAACAUUGAAUAAGUCAUCUUCAAGGCGUGCUUAUGAUAUAUCAGGCAUGAGUAAUUUAGGUAGCGUUAAUGGAACAGGCGACGACACAUUACACGGUGUUUUAUAUCAAGAAAAUGCGUUGAAUGAAGGCAAUCCUGAAUUAAAUUUGGGCGAAGAUACAAUCGAAACAAUUGAAACUGUGUUCAGAGCAAUGAGAGAAACAUUUUUAGCUGGUAAAAAAUAUAUUAAAACUGUACAAUUUGAACUGAUUCAUUUAUAUGAACUUCAACAACGACUUCGGUCCUUAUCAUAUUUUGAUAUUUUUGGUCGUAUAAAAAUAACCAUGCAAUUGGCACGCAUAACAUUGAAUAUACCAUUGUUGAUUGAUUCAGCAAUGAAAGCUGAAUUUAAACAAUUGGGUGGUAAAGUUGUCGUCAAUAAAGGACUUUUAGGUGAUAGUAUAGCUAAAAUCGUCGCUGGUUUAGUUACUUAUUUAGAAGCGGGCGAACAAUACAUAUAA